AUGCACAGGAUUGAAGGAGCAAAAUUCCACGCUAUUUGUGCAUUUCCGCUUGUAAUUUCCUUACUGUGGACAUUAACAUUUGCGUAUGCCACAUGGCUGAGUCGUUCCACUUUCAAAGACGGUUACGAACAUCCGUUGCUUGGACGACCGGAGCUAUACUCUGAUAUUAAGAACGUCUCGCUUACGGUAUCGCUAAUAAGCCUUGUCUCAUUAUUGCUAUGCGCUCUGGCCAGCAUGAUCAUCAGUGCGAGGUUAAUCAACUCCAGAAUUGCUUUGAUGACUGAUAAAAAGUCGAAGGAAAGGCAAACAAGAGUUCUAAGGCUUCUUAUCAUGCAAGUAAGUCACGCCAUCCACUUUUUAUUUCGUUUUCCGCGAUGUCUGCUCUACCGGGUCUUGAAACCAACUUUCUCAAAGAUGCGCCUUUAUGUGAUCGCCCUCAGAAUACAGCAAUAAUG